GACACAGCCUCUACUCUGAUCUCGCUCAGGAUGGGAGGAAAAUGUUUCCUUUUUUUAACUAUUUUCUUUCUUCUCUUCCCUGCAAUUUUCUGCUGCCCAAGCCGGUGCCUUUGCUUCAAAACCACUGUCCGUUGUAUGCACUUGAUGCUGGAUCAUAUCCCUAAGGUAGCACCGCAGACUGUCAUCCUGGACCUGAGAUUUAACAGGAUCAGAGAAAUUCCACCAGGAGCCUUUAAGAGGCAGAAGAACCUGAACACACUAUUAUUGAACAAUAACCAAAUCAAGAGAAUACCAAGGAAAACAUUUGAAGACUUGGACAAACUGAAAUACCUCUAUCUGUACAAGAACAACAUUCGUACAAUUGAUAAGCUGGCAUUUAAAGGGCUUAUGAUGCUGGAGCAGUUAUACAUUCAUUUCAACCACAUAGAGAUACUAGAGCCAGAAACCUUUCGUGAUCUUCCCAAACUGGAGAGAUUAUUUUUACACAACAAUAAAAUAUCAAGAAUUCCUGCUGGAACUUUCACUCAUCUGAGUUCACUAAAACGACUACGCUUGGAUUCCAAUGGCCUGGUCUGUGAUUGUCAGCUAAUGUGGCUGGGAGAAUUACUGAAGAGCUAUGCCCAAAACAGCAAAACGCAAGCUGCGGCAACAUGCGAGUAUCCCAGGGAAUUACAGGGCAGAUCAGUUGCCUCAGUAACAAAAGAGGAGUUUAACUGUGCAAGGCCACGAAUUACUUCAGAACCACGGGAUGUGGACGUAACCUUAGGAAACACUGUUUACUUUACCUGUAGAGCUGAAGGGAAUCCCAAGCCUAAAAUUGUCUGGCUACAUAAUAACCAUGAAUUACACAUGAAAAAUGACAUUCGUCGGAAUUUACUAGAUGAUGGUACCUUGAUGAUUCAGAAUGCACAGGAAUCUGACCAAGGAACAUAUCAGUGCAUGGCCAAAAAUGAAUUGGGAGAGGCCACAACUCAAGGCGUUUUACUACGAUACUUUGGUAGUCCAACGAAGCCCAGUUUUGUGAUUCAGCCACAGAACACUGAAGUCCUGGUUGGAUCAAGUAUCACUCUGGAAUGCAGUGCAAUUGGACAUCCCCAACCUCGAAUUACAUGGACUAAAGGAAAUGGAGAGCUCCUCCCUGCCCACUCCAGGUACACCACAACACCCUCAGGUGGCCUCUUUAUUCGGAAUGUUACUCUCCAGGACCAUGGCCAGUUCAUUUGUCACGCCAGUAAUAAUCAAGAUUCCAUCCAAUCCUCAGCAUCCAUCAUUGUACAAGCUCCCCCUAGAUUCACAGUUGCACCAAAGGACCAAGAAGUUAUUGAAGGGCACACUGUGGAUUUCGACUGUGUUGCUGAAGGUAAUCCAAUUCCAGUCAUCGCUUGGACCAAAGCAGGAGGUCAGCUUCCCAAUGAUAGAAGGCAUGCUGUAUUACCCACAGGAACGCUGAGAAUUGUAGAAGUUGCUGCUCAUGAUCAGGGACAAUAUGAAUGCCAGGCGAUCAGUGUUGUACAAGUCAAACUAGUUCCAGUGCAGCUAAAAGUGCAACCCAAAGUGAUACCAGUGUUUACUGAUAUUCCUGGGGAUAUCACUGCAGAGGUUGGGCAAGAUGUAAAGAUAUCCUGCAGUGCUCAGGGAGAACCACGUCCCAUAAUCACCUGGACAAAGGAUGGAGUUCAAAUUACAGACAGUGGCAAGUUCCAUGUUAAUGCAGAAGGGACACUUGCUAUCAGGGAUAUUGGGCAAGCAGAUGAAGGACGAUAUGAGUGUGCUGCACGGAAUAUGAUUGGCCAAGCAACAACAAAUAUGUUGCUAAGAGUGACUGUUCCAGAGAGGGGUCGAACUGGUGACCACUUUGUUGAGUCUUCCAUUCGUGAAGCUAUCUUUAGCAUUGACAGUGCAAUUAAUUCUACACGGAGGAAACUAUUUAACGAACAGCCACUUAGCCCAAAUGAUCUGCUGGCUUUGUUCCGUUAUCCACGGGAUCCCUUUACUGUGGAGGCCGCAAGAGCAGGAGAAAUCUUUGAGCGGACUUUGCAACUGAUACAGAACCAUGUCAAGCAAGGCUUAACUGUGGACUUCAAUGACAUAGACUUCCGCUACAACGAUCUUGUUUCUCCACGUUACCUGGACUUAAUAGCCAAUCUCUCUGGGUGCACAGCGCAUAGGCGAUUCCCAAAUUGCUCAGACAUAUGUUAUCAUCAAAAAUAUCGAAGCCACGAUGGUACAUGUAACAACCUCCAGCAUCCAAUGUGGGGAGCAUCACUCACAGCAUUUGAGAGAAUUCUAAAACCAGUUUACGAAAAUGGUUUCAGCCUUCCGAGAGGUACUGAUUCCAAUCGCCUAUACAACAGCCACCUCUUACCACUCCCUCGCCUUGUUUCAACAACAAUGAUUGGGACAGAGGCAAUAACUCUAGAUGACAAGUUUACACAUAUUCUGAUGCAAUGGGGCCAAUUCCUCGACCAUGACUUAGAUCUAACCGUGCCAGCUCUCAGUAUGUCUCGGUUUUUUGAUGGAGAGUCUUGCAGUUUUGCAUGCAGUAAUGAUCCCCCUUGCUUUCCAAUUAUCAUUCCAGAAAACGAUCCUCGAGUGAGAAAUACUAGAUGCAUGUCCUUUGUUCGCUCCAGUCCAGUAUGUGGCAGUGGUGUGACUUCCUUAUUGAUGAAAUCAGUAUAUGCCAGAGAACAGAUCAAUCGCCUAACGUCAUAUAUAGAUGCAUCAAACGUAUAUGGUAGCACAGACCGCGAUUCCAUGGAAAUUCGAGACCUAACAAAUCAGCGUGGUCUGUUAAAAGAAGGUGAACUUGUGCCAAGAUCUGGUAAACACAUGUUGCCUUUUGCCACAGGUCAAACUAUAGAAUGCUUGAAAGAUGAAAAUGAAAGUCCAAUUCCUUGCUUCCUUGCAGGAGAUCACAGAGCGAAUGAACAGGUUGCACUGACAGCCAUGCAUACCUUGUGGUUCCGUGAACAUAAUCGUAUUGCCACUGAACUGCUGAGAUUGAAUCCUCACUGGGAUGGCAAUACUGUUUAUCAUGAAGCACGAAAGAUUCUUGGAGCGCAGAUGCAGCACAUCACAUACUACCACUGGCUCCCCAAAAUUCUUGGAGACGUAGGAAUGAAAAUGCUUGGACCAUAUAAUAGCUACAAUCCAAACAUGAAUGGUGCUAUUUUUAAUGCUUUCGCCACAGCAGCUUUUCGGUUUGGUCAUACAUUAAUCAAUCCUAUUCUCCAACGACUGAACAGUUCUUUUCAACCAAUUCCAGAAGGUCACCUUCCUCUUCACAAAGCUUUCUUCUCUCCAUUCAGACUUAUCCAAGAAGGGGGUAUUGAUCCACUUCUUCGCGGACUUUUUGCAUCUGCAGGAAAGAUGCGAGUCUCUUCAGAGGUUCUCAAUUUGGAAUUGACAGAAAGGCUUUUUUCCAUGGCUCAUGCUGUAGCUUUGGACUUGGCAGCAAUGAACAUUCAACGGGGUCGCGAUCAUGGCAUCCCCCCCUAUUCGGAUUACAGAGUAUUUUGUAACAUGACUGCUGUUCAGACCUUUGAAGACUUGCAAAAUGAGAUUAAGAAUGCAGAAGUGAGGGACAAACUAAGAAGGUUGUACGGCACACCACAGAACAUUGAUCUUUGGCCAGCACUGAUGGUUGAAGAUGUAAUUCCUGGUACAAGAGUGGGACCCACCCUCAUGUGUCUGUUUUUAACUCAGUUCAAAAGGCUGAGGGAUGGUGACAGGUUUUGGUAUGAAAAUCCAGGUGUAUUUACCCCAGCUCAAGUAACACAACUGAAGCAAAGCUCCCUAGCAAGUGUGCUCUGUGAUAAUGGCGAUGAUAUUCAGCAGGUCCAGAAGGAUGUCUUUUUAAAAGCAGAAUACCCCCAAGGGUAUGUGACCUGUGCUGAAAUUCCAAAAAUGGAUUUGCGAUUAUGGCAAGAUUGCUGUGAAGAUUGUAGAGCAAGAGAACAAUCUAAUGCACUUUCACAGCAGUUCCGUAGUAAGCGUUCAUCAGAAUUCAGUUAUCCAGAGGAUAAGCAUACAAGAGAUUCUACAGAUACAUCUGAUAUACAACAAGGAAGGUACAAGCAAGGCUUCAGUAAAUUUUUGAAUUCAACAGUUUUUCCCAGUAAUGACAAGACUCCCCUGGAUUUCAAUGGCUUCGUUGCAGAUGUGCAAAAGACUAUCACUUCCCUUCGGAGCCAGAUCAAUCAACUUGAAUCACGUCUGAAACAGAAUGGCUGCAUGGAUGAAAACGGAAAUCACAGGAAUGAAAAUGAUCAUUGGAAAAAGGAAGACUGCACUACCUGUUAUUGUAAAAAUGGCCAGGUGACCUGCUAUGUGGAAAAAUGCCCCCGUCUCAAGUGCUCCAAAUCUACCAAAAAGAAAGGGAGGUGUUGCCCUGUCUGCAUGAAGUCAGCAAGUAAAAUUGACCUUUUUGCAUAGUUCUGGAAAAAAGGAACACAGUACUUGGGGAGGAAAAGACGUGUUUCUCAGCCUCUUGCAAUGUCUACUGAUGUCUGGAUAACAAAGACAGGGAGGGAAUGAACUUUCUGGCCACAUGUUGGCCAUUGCUGGCACACUGCACUAGUCCCUUUUCUCACUUUAAGCAAUGCCCCAUUUGAAAGAAAGAAAAUCAAUUUAAACAAAGUGUUAAAUUAGCCCUCUGUAAUGAAUUUAUGGAAUUAUUCAAAUAUUAAGCUACUCACAUUGUAAACCUUUUGUAAAAAUAAAAAUAGAAAAUGUUGUGAGUGCUCAGCAGGCUGAACAGCUUCUUUGGAAAGAGAAUUGAAGUUAACUUUAAAAUUUGUUGAAUAUAUGUGAUUCUGAUGAAAGCCUGAAAUGUUGAUCUGAUUUUGUAGUUGGUGGUGAAGUAAUGGCGAUCAUUUUAAUACUUUAAGAAAGCUAACCUCAAGCAUCUAGCAAUCUCUGUGGCACUGAGGGACUUUCCUUUUCCCAAUGUUGAUUUGAAAUUGGUGGUAUAAUUGAAGAGAACCUCCAGGCAUUCGACAAUGCUGAUGCCAAGAAACUGAAAAAGCGGUAGUGAUAUUGAUACAGUCUCACAGAAAGCAAAUUAGGAACUAAAAUGCACUGAUGAUCCUUUAAUUUCAAUUAAAUUUUAAAUAUCAAAAUAAAUGAUUGGAAAAUAUUCAUUGAAUUAAGUCAGAAGGUAAAUAUAAACAAGAUAUUAUUUUUAACAAAUACUAUGUUAACAUAAAGGAGACAUUUCAUCUUCCACAAAUGUAAAAUUAGGUUUUAGCGGAGGAAAUAUUGUGCAGCAGUAAUUAUAAAACCUCGUAUAAUCUUCACAAAAUCCAGUGCCACAUCAUUCAAUCAGAUGCAAUUUCUUCAGGAUGGGUCUUGUUCUUGUCAGUUCACUGAUUUCUGAUUGAUUGCAGUGUGUAGGCACCUCAACAGCAUACCCCGUGGAAUAAAGGACAAUUGCUUACACAAUUUUCAGAGGCUGUGUGGCACAGUGGUAGUAUCCCUGCCUCUGGGCCAGAAUACCUAGGUUCAUAGUCCCAUCUAUGCUAGAAACAUAUCUGAACAGGUUGAAUCAAAAUGCGUACAAAAUUUUCAUACUUAAUUGUGCCCAUGUAUUUUCAGAGGUUGCUAUCAGUUUCAGGUCAAUAAUGACAACAAAUGUUUGCAGUAUCACUAAAAAAAACUCCUUAAAACCAACCUGCUACAACUGUUUCAGAGAUAGUAGGAACUGCAGAUGCUGGAGAAUCUGAGAUAACAAGGUGUAGAGCUGGAAGAGCACAGCAGGCCAAGCAGCAUCAAUUGUUUCUCUCUUCAUAACUGCUGCAUGUUUUGCUGAAUACCUCCAGUGUUACUCAUUUCUUAGAUUUCUAGUAUCGCCAUAUUUUACUCUUGGCAUAAAGGAUUUGGAAUUUAUUUGAAAAGCAUCACUAUUUAACACAUUAUCAAGGUACCUUAUCAUUUUAAAAUUCAUUACUCAGAUACUGCAGUUUAUGAUUUGCAUUUUAAUUAAUUAAUUUUUUAAAGCAGUGAUUAAUAUUAAGGUAACAUUCACUGAGAAGUGAUUGUGUUGUCUUCACAGACACUAUCCAAAGACAAACCAUUUGGUAUUUUCCAUCUAAGCACUCACUGUGUUGCUUGAGAGAAUGUCAAAAGCCAUGAUGGUGAUUGUGUUAAGACCCAUUUUCUUCAUUCUACCAAAUGUACCUCACACCUUUUUAAAGCCAGGGAUGUGUUGUGCACAAAUAUGGUGCUGAUAAUUUUGCCUCAAAAUUGGAUUGUUGUUGGAUUGUAUUAUUCUUUUCUACUUUUAUAUAAGAUUUGUAACAAUUCAAGUAUAGUACCAAUGAUCUGAUGUAACACUUGAAAUGCUCAGUUUUAAAACCUGUUAACAAAGUAAUUGGAAUUUUAAACAUUGAGCAAUGAAUAUUUGAAAUGUCACGUAUGUUACUACUCUUAUAUUUCUCAAGCUUUAAGAGCAAUUUACAUACCUGUAUAUGCUUUGACCUAUGGUACUGCACAUAUGUGAAAUUUGUAGCUACAGAACAGUGCAUUUCUUUCUCGAAAAAUAACUUUUAUUUUAAAAUAUUACACUUCUAUGGAUAGGUUGGUAUCCGAGACUCAUGGUGCUUUAACAAUUUUUGUGAUCAUUUAUAUUUGGUAUCAGUGAUAAUAUAUCAAUUCUUUUGUACAUUCAUUGUAGCAGAAUUAUGCUGAAAAUUGUAAUCAUCUUUAUUUAGUCUGAAGUGAUUGUAUUUUAAAUUUUAAUUUUAUUUAUAACUUCA